ACACCAUUUCACCAUAACUUCUGUUUUAUUUUCCAUCCUGACUUACUAGUCUUUGUGAAAAACAUCACCAUCUCAGUCUGACUCACUCAGCUUUAAUCUUCAAUCUAUCCUAGGCAAUGACCUCAUUCACUGCUUCUCCCCUGCUUGGUCGAAGUGAAAAGACCAACAUGAGUUGUCUACCAUCUGUUUCCAGUCUAAUGUCUCCUCCAGAGUCAAAGCCUCUUGAAAACUUCAACCCUUCAUUUUCACCCCACACAAUGUCGCAGGAUCCAUCCUAUGUCCAUGAAGUGAGGCUUCCUCCCAUCUCGAGUGAUCGAAAGAGAACACAGUCCGAGAUGGAUCUACCAUCCCCACCUGUUACUCCAUAUACUGGAAACAAAAAGAGGCGUUCAAACACAUCGGAUAAUGCCGAGAAGGAUGCCCUAGUCGGCUCCUCUAGGGACCCUGUUCUUUUCCCCCGCCACGAGUCUCUUAUUGAUAUUGCCGCUGAUGAGCCAUUAUUUGGACCUAUGCUUCCUCCAUCCGCAGAAGCAUUGGUUGAUCAGCACAUAAACACUCACAUGGCGAGAUUUGAGACUAAAUUAAACAAGCCGACACGUGACGAAUAUCUCCUAGCUCUUUCAUGUGUGCCGAUUGUAUCCGCCCAAUUUAACCGCAACCCAGCCGCAUGGGCUAAAGAGGAGCGGGAGACCUUAGAGCGUCAGUUGGUUAUGAUGAACCGAUGUCGCCCGCAUUCUCUAGAGGCAAAAUUGAAGAAGAUUGCCCCGGCUCCUACAAAGAAGGCAGUUUCUGCCCAACUUCGUGUGCCGCGAACACCCAGAGCAAAGCGGACACCAAAGUCCACGCCCAGGCAGAAAGUUUUCAGCACAUUUAACUCACCCCCGUCGAGUGGCAAGCCAUCUCGCACGAUAGGCACAAACCGAGACGAUACAGAUUAUAAUUCCAUCAAAGACUAUUCUCCUUCAAUAGAGACUCUUGGAACCAAUGCCAAGGCAUUGAAGGCUGACUGGAAAGGCCAAGUGCUAGACCUGAGUUUUGACCCGGACCGACAUUUGCUCAGUCCUGCCGAGAUCAAUCUUGCGGCCACUUUAAGGCUUUCCUGCGCGACUUAUCUAUGCAGCAAGCGCCGGAUUUUCGAGGCCCGUGUCAGAGCGCUGAACGUUGGUAAGGAGUUUCGCAAGACAGACGCUCAACAGGCUUGCAAAAUUGAUGUGAAUAAAGCAAGCAAGCUUUGGACUGCAUAUGAGCGUGUUGGUUGGUUCAAAUCCGAACAUUUUCAACAGCACCGGAGAUAAUGGGGGUCAGAGCAUUGGCCCCCCUUUUUCGAUAUUCCUGUCGGCAUGUCCCUGCGUAUACUUCCUUUGAUGAUGAAUUAGCGAGGCGAUCUUCGGAUUUCUGGAUGUCUAUCGGCCCCUCUUGCACGCGAAUCC